AUGAAUCGCGCCGUGCUGAUCCUGCUGACUCUUAUGGCCCUGAUCGCGGGCCCUGCUGCGGGCCAGGCGCCGUCGCCCGCGCCUGCACCGUCGCCCUCGCCAGCCCCGGGCCUGUUCGGCACGCUCUUGGGCGGCAUUACAGACCUAGCCAAGACGGCAGCGAUCGGCUUGCUGAAUGACACGGCAAGCAACACCAGCUCGACGCGCGGCAUGGUCGCCGGCAUGCUUGGUGGCCUGGUCGCGCCCAACGCCACUGGCGCUGCGUGGAGCAAAAAGGGGAGCCCCAGCCCUAGCCCCAGCCCUAGCCCCAGCCCCAGCCCCUCGCCGUCCCCCGUUGCGGCGCCUGCCGCUGCACCCAAGAGCACUGCGGGUGCCGCGACCGUCCAGACCCUGCUCGCAGGGGCGAUGGGAGCGGUGGUGCUGCUGGUGCUGUGA